CAUUGACUUUCUGAAACAUGAAGAACUAAUGGCUAAAGACUACAUUUCAUCUGUUCUGAAAUCUCUGUUUCUGCUUCUUCAAUUUGUCUUCUUGAUUCAGAAUGCUGAUUCAGCCUCUAUCGUCAAGUUUCUUCCUGGUUUUGAAGGCCCUCUUCCAUUUGAGCUCGAGACCGGUUACAUUGGUGUUGGUGAGGAAGAGGAAGUGCAGUUGUUCUACUACUUCAUCAAGUCUGAGAGGAACCCUGAAGAAGACCCUCUUUUUCUCUGGCUAAGUGGAGGACCUGGCUGUUCUUCCAUCUCUGGUCUUCUUUUUGAGAAUGGGCCUUUCACUAUGAAGCUUGAGGAGUACAAUGGAACUCUACCUUCUUUAGUCUCUACUACAUACUCAUGGACAAAGACUUCGAGCAUUAUAUACUUGGAUCAGCCUGUUGAAACUGGCUUCUCCUUCUCGACUCAACUUGUUGAUACACCAAGCGAUUCAGGAGAGGCUAGAAGGUUCCAUGAGUUUCUUCAAAAGUGGCUAGGCAAGCAUGAAGAGUUUAUUCCCAACCCUUUAUAUGUAGGCGGGCAUUCUUACACCGGUAAGAUUGUUCCUGCUCUCGUUCAAGAAAUCUCUAAAGGCAACUAUCAACGGCACAAACUUACAAUAAAUCUUCAGGGGUAUCUGCUCAGUAACCCGGUAACAGAAUUCGAAAUGGAUUGCAACAGCCGCAUUCCAUUUGCUCAUGAAAUGGCACUGAUCUCUGAUGAGCUCUACGAGUCGUUGAAGAGAAUUUGCAAAGGGAAAUAUGUAAAUGUUGAUUCAGGUAACACAGAAUGUUUGAAACUCCUUGAAGAAUAUAACAAGAUUUAUAGGCAUUUGCUAGCUACCUACUGGGCAAAUGACGAAAGCGUACGUAAAGGUCUUCAAAUCAAUAAGGAGAGUAUAGGGAGAUGGGUACGGUGUAAUUUGAAUAUUCCAUACGCUCACGACAUUAUAAGUAGUGUACCUUACCAUGUGGAUAACAGCAUCAAUGGCUAUCGUUCUCUCAUCUUCAGUGGUGAUCACGAUUUGGGAGUGCCUUACCUUGGGACUCAAGAUUGGAUAAAAUCUCUCAACUAUUCGGUUAUUGAUGACUGGAGGCCAUGGAUGAUCAACCAUAAACUUGCUGGGUAUACAAGAACUUAUGCAAAUAAAAUGACAUUUGCUACUAUCAAAGGAGGUGGGCACACGGCAGAGUUUAAACCAGAGGAAAGCUCUGUCAUGUUUCAAAGGUGGAUCAGUGGCCAACCUCUGUAGACAACUUCCACAUAAUUAAAUCAUUCGAUGAUUAAAAAUUAGCAUAUGAUUUGGUAAUAUCUACAUGUAUUCCUUUAAAGAAUAUCUCUCACAAAUCAAGUCUUGUUAACCAUGGAGGUUAGUUUUGUAAGACGAAGGCAUGCCACUAAACAUAUUGAAAUAAGAAAUAUUAUAAGAUGUAUAUUUACUU